AAUAGAAAGAAGAGAGAUAGGUGUCAUCGAAGGCCCAAAUGCCGUUUCUUCAUUACUACGCCUUGGGCUUUGAUUGUUGCAGCUCAUCAGCCGGAAUACAAGUCUCUUCCGCCACCUCCCUGUUGAUCCCAACUGCCAUGAGAGGUCCCGUUCCCCUCUCUCUACCCUUUCUACCCGAGGAUAGAGAUCCCGAUCCGACCCAAUCCCAUCACCACGUCCCGCCUCAAUCUCCUUGUUCUUGAGGGGAAAGACAGGAAUUGCGAGCGACGGAUGGACAUCUUGAUCGCGCAGAUCCAGGCGGACCUGCGGUCGAACGACGCGCUGCGGCAGUCGGGGGCGCUACUGCAGGCGCUGCAGCAGUCGGCGGCGGGGCGGGACGUGUCGGCCGUCGCCCGCUCUACCUGUGAGGAGAUUCUCGCAUCCCCGGCCUCCGCUGUCUCCAAGAAGCUCGCCUUCGACCUCAUUCGCUCCACUCGCCUCACCCCCGACCUGUGGGACACCGUCUGCUCCGCCGUCCGCUCCGACCUCGACUUCCCAGACCCCGACGUCGCCGCUGCCGCCGUCUCCAUCCUCUCCGCCCUCCCCUCCCACCGCCUCCCCCGGCUCGUCGCCGACGCUCACCGCGAAAUCGCUGCCUUCUUCGACUCCCCUAGCGACACCCUUCGCCUCGCCGCCACCGAGACCCUCGGAUGCGUCCUUGCCCGCGACGACCUCGUUCUCCUCUGCCACACCGCCCCGGGCCUUCUCGACCGCGCUUCCGCCUGGUGGGCCCGUAUCAACCAAGGCACCCUCGACCGCUCCGACGCCGUUUCCCGUGCCGCCUUUGAGGCCGUCGGCCGUCUCUUCCAGGAGUUCGAAACCAAGCGCAUGAGCCGCCUUGCGGGGGACAAGCUCAUCGACGGCGAGAACUCCUUCGCCAUCCGCUCCAACUGGGUCGUCGCUGCCAUCGACCUCGUCUGGAAGAAGCGCAACGCCCUCAUAGCCCGCUCCCUGGUCCUCCCCAUUGAGAGCUUCCGUGUCACUGUGUUCCCACUCGUCUUUGCUACCAAGGCCGUGGCAUCUGGCUCGGUUGAGGUAUUCCGGAAGAUCUCCAGGCUGGGAGGGAGCAGCAACGACAGGAGCGCUUCUGCCGCAACGGACUCCUCGACGAGCGCUGAGAAACACGUGGGGGUCUCGGAUGUGGUCUCCCAUCUCCUUCCAUUCUUGAGCUCGUUGGAUCCGCCUCUGAUAUUUGAGGUCGGGAUCAAUAUGCUCUCGCUGGCUGAUGUUCCGGGAGGGAAGCCAGAGUGGGCUUCAGCGUCAAUCAUUGCCAUUCUCACGCUCUGGGAUAGGCAGGAGUUCUCUUCUGCUAGAGAAAGCAUUGUGAGGGCUGUCGUCACGAAUCUCCACCUUCUCGAUCUCAGCAUGCAGGUUUCUUUGUUUAAGAGGCUGCUUCUGAUGGUGAGAAACCUGAGGGCAGAAUCAGAUCGUAUGUAUGCUCUGGCAUGUAUUUGCCGUACAGCCCUUUGUGUUGAUCUUUUUGCAAAAGAAAGUGUGCGAAGAGGACAGAAGCCUCUCCCUGGAACAGACAUUACCUCACUUUUUGAGGAUGUAAGAAUAAAAGAUGAUUUGAACAGCGUAAUAAGUAAAAGUUUGUUCAGAGAGGAAUUAGUUGCUUCACUAGUGGAAAGCUGCUUUCAGUUAUCUCUUCCGUUGCCUGAGCAGAAAAAUUCUGGAACGGAGGGCAGAGUCAUUGGUGCUUUAGCCUAUGGAACUGGUUAUGGUGCACUGAAUUGGACAGAAUCAGCUUUAGAGGUUGUGGAAGUGUGUCGGCCAUGUGUUUUGUGGGACUGUGAUGGACGAACUUAUGCCAUUGAUUGUUACCUGAAGUUGCUCGUCAGGCUCUGUCACAUUUAUGAUACAAGAGGAGGCGUGAAAAGGAUCAAAGAUGGUGCUUCUCAGGAGCAGAUUUUGUAUGAGACUAGGUUGCGCAACUUGCAAUUACAACUUAUCAAAGAUCUUCGUGAGGUGCAUACACCGAGAAUAUCUGCACGCUUGAUUUGGGCCAUUGCUGAACACUUUGAUAUGGAGGGUCUUGAUCCACUACUAGCUGAUGAUCCGGAAGAUCCAUUGAACAUAUUUAUAUCCAAUAUACACAAUGUGUUGUUUAAUACUGAUUCCUCUGCAACUACUUCAAACAAGCUUCAAGAUGUGCAAGCAGUCCUUAUUUGUGCACAACGUCUAGGUUCACGGAAUCCCAGAGCAGGACAACUGUUGAGUAAAGAACUUGAAGAUUUUAAAGGUGGUUCCAUGGCUGACUCUGUAAAUAAGCAUCAAAGUCGCUUUAUAUUGCAGAUGUUAAAAUUUGUUACAAGUCAUCCAGAAAGCAGAUGGGUAGGAAUUAGUGACACUAUGGGAGAUUAUCCUUUUAGCCACCAUAAACUCACAGUUCAGUUCUUUGAGACAUCUGCAGCCCAAGACAGAAAAUUGGAAGGAUUGGUUCAUAAGGCCAUUCAAGAGCUCUGGAGGCCUGACCCCAGUGAAUUGAGACUUUUGUUAACCAAAGGUGUCGACUCUAGUAAGCAUAAAGUACCUCCAAAAGCACAUUCUCUAACAGGUAGUAGUGAUCCUUGCUAUGUUGAAGCAUAUCAUCUGGCAGAUUCGAUGGAUGGGAGGAUCACCCUUCACUUGAAGAUCUUAAACUUGACUGAACUAGAGCUUAAUAGGGUGGAUAUCCGGGUUGGCCUCUCUGGAGCACUGUACUUUAUGGAUGGGUCACUUCAAGCAGUUCGACAGCUAAGAAAUCUUGUCUCACAGGAUCCGGUCCUCAGCAGUGUCACUGUUGGUGUUUCACACUUUGAGAGAUGUGCUUUUUGGGUUCAAGUUUUGUAUUACCCUUUCUAUGGAAGUGGUGUUUCUGGAGAUUAUGAAGGAGACUAUGCAGAAGAGGAUUCUCAGGUCAUGCGACAAAGGCGUGUCUUAAAACCAGAGCUUGGAGAGCCCAUGAUUUUAAGGUGCCAGCCUUACAAGAUCCCACUAACCGAGCUUCUCUUACCACAUAAAUGUUCUCCUGUUGAAUAUUUUCGCUUGUGGCCAAGUUUACCUGCUAUAUUGGAGUACACAGGUGCAUAUACUUACGAAGGCAGUGGUUUCAAAGCCACUGCUGCACAGCAGUAUGAGGCUUCUCCAUUUCUCAGUGGAUUGAAAUCACUCUCAUCUAAGCCAUUCCAUCAAGUCUGCUCACACUUUAUCCGCACUGUAGCAGGUUUUCAGUUGUGCUAUGCUGCAAAAACUUGGUUUGGUGGUUUUGUGGGUAUGAUGAUCUUCGGUGCCAGUGAGGUGAGCAGAAAUGUUGAUCUAGGAGAUGAGACAACAACAAUGAUGUGUAAGUUUGUCGUCCGUGCUUCUGAUGCAUCAAUCACAAAGGAAAUAGGAUCAGAUCUACAAGGCUGGUUAGAUGAUAUCACAGAUGGGGGCGUGGAGUACAUGCCCGAAGAAGAGGUUAAGAUUGCGGCUAAAGAGAGGCUAAGGAUUUCUAUGGAAAAGAUAGCCCUGUUCAAGGCAGCCAAACCCCCACCACAGCGUCCAAAGGCUGAAGAGAAAAAGGAGGAAGAAGAGAAAAACAAAGAGAAUGUGGAUGAGAACGGUAACCCCAAAGAACCUUCCACCUUAUCGACUCUGACAGCAGAGGAAGUGGAACAUCGUGCUCUUCAGUCGGCAGUUCUACAGGAGUGGCAUAUGUUAUGCAAAGAGAAAGCCGUCAAAGUUCAGUGAGUUUUGGUUUUCACCUUCAAAAUUUUGGCCAUUCAUUCUACCUCAUAAUUCUUUUUUUUUGUUGAUUGCAAAAUUCUUUUCUGCGUGCACAUGGUAAGUCAGCCUUGUUAAUAUCCGGGAUCUUGAUUGA